AUGGAAACGGAGAGCAUGGACCAUGACCCCCUCCAGGGCCACGUGGAUCAGGAUGAAGACGCUAUUGAGCGAUCGUUGGAGUUAUUGCGAGCGGACCUUUCUGAGCAACAUAUUCCUGUGGACGUAGCCAUGAUGGAAGUGGAACAAACGUUGCCAAAUCAAGACAACGAUGUACGAGAAGCGAAUGAACCAGACGAAAAAGAGGAAGAAAUACUUCGAAUCGAAGGAGAUAUUUCGGAUGAAGUCAAACCUCCCACGAAACCAAGCUACCGAGUCCAGGUUGUGGUUCCAGAGAUCUCUUUAGAAGAGCGCGCCCAAUACUCCUUUGCGCACAGCCAUAUUGUCGAAUCCGUGCUGGGCGAGGCCGUUCACGAUACUGUCGAAUACCGGGUCGAGUUCACAGAUGGAAGAGAAGAGUUGAUAUCAUUCACACAACUUGUCGCUCUCGACAACGGAAGAGCUGCCCUAGCCCGGUUCAACCAAGGCUUAGGGCCGCUAGAUUUCGAAAUCAUGGCUGGCACACGGAAGCGAAAGUAUGCGCCCGAAGACGACUGGGAUUCUGAACAUGAGUCUGUCAUCUCAGAUCAGAUGGAUAUCGACGAUGAAGAAGACGAAGAACCCUUCGGAACAAAACGCAUGCGCCACUCACGCCUUCGCUCCAGGGAGAACACCAAGCACCUCUCCCGCAGUCCUUCUAAAACUGACGAAGAUGAGCUCGAUGAUCUUGAGCCAGAGCCAGAGCGCCCCACCAGAUCCCUUAGAGUUCGCCAGGCCAGACAAUCGACUAGCGCAUCCUUUAAGAACAGAUUUGGUAGUCAAGAUCAGGAUGAGCUCCUUGGAGAUGUUCCCCCAGCGUCGGAGGAAGAAGAUGACGAUUUUAUGCCCAUCGUUGUUUCUGACAUCAAUCCGAAAAAGGGGCGGCCCAACAAGGCACUUCAACGAUUACGACGACUACAAACAAAGAGUAUGCGACAGAAGGCUCUAUCGCAGAGACCCUCACGCCACAAGUCUAAUGACUCUGACAUUGAAUUUGAAGCUCCUCGGCGUUCUUCUAGAGCGACGCGGAAUACUUUGAACAUGCAAGAUGACGAUUUGAUGGACGACGAAUCUCUCUAUACUGUCGAUGACAGAACCCCCGGCGCCCCAAAGAUCGUGUCUGUGAGAGAAAUCUUUCAGCCGCUGUCUGCUGAAUCAGAAUUCGCUACGAUGCACAUGGAUACUUGCCAAAGUUGCGGCGGCUCACGCCAUCGGGGCCAAAUGAUUUACUGUCAGGGCUGCACGCUCUCAUUUCACAGGUCCUGCAUCGGUCCUCGCAGCACUCGUGAGCACAUGGUGACAAAGGUUGGCGAGGAUAGCUUUGUCUUGCAGUGCAAAUUCUGCAUAAAGGUCCCCAGCAAGAAGGACAACAACGCUCCCAAGCACGAUAUGUGUCAGGCAUGUAAAGCUCCUGGUAGUAGCUGCGCUCCCUUUUCCAAGAAGAAAACAUCCCGGCAGGAAGAGAAGCUUCGCGAGGAAAAUGAUGGCGUUGAUCCAGUCACUCCUGUCUCCCCGAAGCUCAUUAACAACGCUGGGCACGUCCUUUUCAGAUGUGUCGAAUGUCGCAGAGGUUGGCACGUCGAGCAUCUUCCUGGCGCUAGAAGCGGUACCAUCGGGACAGAUCUCAAGUCUGAGCGCCUCAAAGAUCAUUCUGUUGAUUGGCGUUGUAAAGAAUGCGCUACUAGCCGCCACAAGAUACAUCGGCUUGUUGCAUGGCGACCGGCACGAAAGGACCUUGCGAAACAGGUUCCUCGACCUACGUAUGACCAGGUUCGAGAGGAUGACAAGGAGUACUUGGUCAAAUGGGACAGUCGGUCGUAUGCCCACUGUGUUUGGAAAUCUGGUGCUUGGGUCUAUGGCAAGGCAGCUGCUAAGAUGCGUAUAGCAUUCAGCAAGAGAGACGCCGCCGAAGAUCUCCUCAAGCUAAACGAACAAGACGCCAUUCCGGGCGAGUUUCUCAUGCCCGACAUUAUAUUCAAUGUCAAAGCGGACCCAUCUGUACGAAAAGGAACACGAGAGCAAGAGAUGAAUAACCUGGCCCAUGUCACAAAGAUCUUUGUCAAGUUCCAGGGCCUAGGUUACGAUGAUGUUGUAUGGGACUCGCCACCAACAGACGAAGACGGCGAGAUAUAUGCCUCUUUUGCUGAAGCAUACUAUGAAUACGUCGAGGGCAAGUACUUCAGCAGUGAAAGUCAGAACAAGAUCAAAGAACGAGUCAAGGCUUUCAAGGCCGCACCGUUCGAGGAAAUCAACACGCAACCUGCUGGUCUGACUCGGGGAAAGCUCAUGGGCUAUCAAAUUGAAGGAGUCAAUUGGCUGCUUGGUAACUACCACUCGGGGCGCAGUGUUGUUCUCGCCGACGAGAUGGGACUGGGAAAGACGGUCCAAGUGGUAGGUCUUGUGACCUCACUUGUCCAAGACAGCCCAAAGUGCUGGCCUUUUCUGAUUGUCGUCCCCAACGCCACAUGCCCCAACUGGCGCCGUGAGUUCAAGCAAUGGGUACCAGAGCUGCGGGUUGUUGCCUACCAUGGUGGACGAGAACCGCAGGCACUGGCCUAUAAGUAUGAGCUGUUUCCCAACGGGUCCACAGACAUGAAAGCCCAUGUCGUGAUCAUGUCAUAUGAUUCGGCUCAAGACCCCGCAACAAAAAACCUAUUCAAGUCAAUCAACUGGGCAGGUCUUGUGGUUGAUGAGGGCCAACGCCUGAAGAACGACCAGAACCUUCUGUAUGGUGCUCUACGCUCCAUGCGCAUCCCCUUCAGACUCCUUCUCACAGGAACGCCGUUGCAGAACAACAAGCGAGAGCUGUUCAACCUGCUACAGUUUAUCGAUGACAAGCAAAACGCCGCGGAGCUUGAUGAGGAGUAUGAAGUACUCGACAAGGAGACGCUUCCCAAACUACACAACAAGAUCCGGCCUUAUUUUCUGCGCCGAACCAAGGCCGGUGUGCUCAAGUUCUUGCCACCCAUGACUCAAAUCAUCUUGCCAGUCACAAUGACCGUGAUUCAGGAGAAGCUCUCUAAGAGCAUUAUGGCAAAGAACCCAGAGCUGAUCAAGGCCAUGUUCUCCAACAGCAAGAUGAACAAAAAAGAGCGUGGGUCUCUCAACAAUAUCUUGAUGCAACUGAGAAAGUGUCUUUGCCAUCCUUUCAUGUACUCCGAAGCUAUUGAGGAGCGUCACCAUGAUCCCACAGUGCUCCAGCGCAACCUCGUGGAGGCGUCUGCCAAGCUCCUCCUCCUACAAGUCAUGCUUCCGAAACUUCAGGAAAGAGGUCAUCGUGUUUUGAUCUUCAGCCAGUUCCUACAGCAGCUGGAUAUUAUUGAAGAUUUCCUCAGUGGCCUGGGUUACGAUUACCGCCGUCUCGAUGGUAGUAUCGGUAGUUUGGAGAAGCAGCGACGAAUCGACGCCUUCAAUGCCCCUGAAUCGCCCGUCUUUGCAUUCUUGCUCUCCACAAGAGCCGGUGGUGUUGGUAUCAACCUUGCUACUGCAGACACAGUAAUCAUCCUUGAUCCCGACUUUAACCCGCACCAAGAUAUCCAGGCUUUGUCCCGUGCGCAUCGUAUCGGACAGAAGAAGAAGGUUCUCUGCUUCCAGCUCAUGACAAUAGAUUCAGUAGAGGAAAGAAUCAUGCAGAUUGGUAAGAAGAAGAUGGCGUUGGAUCAUGCUCUGAUCGAGAGCAUGGACGACGAUGAACUGGCUGGUGAUGAUCUCGAGUCAAUCCUGAAACACGGCGCUCAAGCGCUCUUCAAUGACGACUACGAGAAGAAGUCUAUUCAUUAUGACUCUGCUGCUGUUGAUGCACUUCUAGAUCGAACAGUCGAAAACGAAACCAAAGCCGAUGACGGGACCUCAUUUUCUUAUGCCAAGGUAUGGUCCAACGACAAGUCUGGCUUUGAGGCCGGUCUUGCUACAGAAGAGAUGGCCGAACCAGAAGCCAUCAACUCGAGCGUAUGGGACCGUAUUUUAGCUCAGCGAGAGGCAGAGGCACAGCGACAGGCCGAAGCAAAUCAAGAGGUCCUUGGUCGCGGCAACAGACGCCGUCAAGCCAUCAACUACAAAACCGAAGCUGCAAUUAACCCCGUGCCUGGUGACCCCGAGGCGGACUCUGCAGAUUCGUCAGACGACUUUGCUGGAGGUGACUCAGGAGACGAAUCUGAGGAGGAUGCAUCAGUGCCAAAAGGCGCCGAAACGGACGCUAUCCUCGAGCUCGAAAACCCCAAAGCCCGCGGCAAAAAAGGGCAGCAACUCCACAGCCAGCAAGUCCAAAACGCCAACAAGCCCCGUAAAGAAACAGCAACCGGGCAACAACGGCAAAGGGAAUGGUCAACGUGGAAAAACGGCGGUCCCCAAAACACCAACCAGCAAGGCUACGGCCAAGAAAACCGCAUUACCAUCCCCUCGCAAAACCCCUACCAACAAAAAGGUGGCCAAGUGAUUCCCGGAGGCUCUACCGAUUCGGCGAGGUACACAAUGGGUAACCACGCCUACCAGGGCUACAAUGCACCCCCUGUACCACAUCAACGUGUGGUUGUCACGCAGAGCCAUCCUCCCCCUCCUGACCAAAUAGUCAACUUUAGAAGUGACAGGCUUUACUCAGAAGCUGAAGUCAGGCUGGCACUUGACUACGUCCAACAUUCAAAUUCCGAUACAUGCACUAAACAAAAGCAUAGGGCUCUUUUAAUGGACCGAUUAAGGUCAUUGACCCCAGAGAGCGCAGUACAGCAUACAUAA